AGUGUUCUGUGUCUCUCGCGCGGUGAAGUCACUUCUACCGGGUUUGUUACUUUCAAAAUACUCCGAUAAAGAACAAGGUACUUCUGUCUCAAGUGCGUGAUAAUUUAAAUUCAUAAUUCAUUUUAUGAGGGACAUUUAUGACUCCUCGAUGUUUUCAUUAUUUUGAUUGGAUUUCUCGAUGUACGAGCUGGGAUCUGCCCGGAUCAGGAAAGGAAAGAAACACGUUGCACAGGAAGACUCAGGUGGAGGCACCGGCGGUCAGCAAGGAACAUCAAUGAGCCUCGAGGACUUACGCGGUUUUCGGAUCUUACUGACUUGCGCCCAAGUAGUCGGUGGGAUCCUUGUACUUCUAGUAGCAAUAUGGACAAUAAGUUACAGAGGCGGUUUUGCUUGGCGCAGCAAUCCUGGGCUCGAGUUCAACUGGCAUCCGCUGCUUAUGACAAUAGGAAUGAUAUAUCUUUAUGGAAAUGGUAUCCUGAUGUAUAGAACUUUGAGGAACAUGAGGAAACGCAGUCUGAAAAUAACUCAUGCAAGUGUCCUGUUUGCCGCCUUUGCACUAUCAUCCAUAGGAAUAAUCGCUGCUUUCGAUUCGCACAAUCUUGCCGAUCCACCGAAACCAAAUCUGUAUACGCUUCACAGCUGGUUUGGUAUUAUUACCUUCACUGGUUUCACCUUACAGUGGGUUGGAGGUUUAGUAACGUUUCUGUAUCCUGGAUUAGCCUCUCAUAUACGUGCUGCUGCUCUGCCAGUUCACAUGUAUUUUGGUCUUGUCCUCUUCAUUAUGGCGUGCACCAGCGCUGUCCUUGGGUUAGCAGAAAAAGCGAUUUGGACCUUAGGAGCUCAGUAUGCAUCUUACGUAAAUGAAGGUCUUCUAAUGAAUCAGAUUGGAUUACUCAUUUUCCUGUUUGCUUUUAUUGUGAUAUACCUUGUGACUCAUCUUCCCUACAAAAGGCAGCCCAGGCCUGAAGAUGAAAAUUUGCUGACGGGUUUGUCAGAUUAAAUGUGCGCACAAGUUAGCUCUGUCAAGCAGAAUCUCACUUAAAGGUGCUACAAUUCAACGUUGUGUGCUAUUGAACUACCUACCUGUAACCUUUACUUUCAACGUUGUAUGUACAUUCACUGUUCAAAUGUCCAUGUUGUACCUGGUCAGUCUGAGUUUUCCUCUAUCUUUCUCUUAUUUUAUUUUCUCUCUUUUCUUAUUUUUUUUAUUCUUUAUUUUAUUUUCAAAAGCAUCCAGUAUGUUUUAAUGAAAGGCUUAAAUGUUAACAGGAGGAUACUUUAUUUAUUAUGUUUUGUAAAUCUGUAAUUUUUACACCCAAGGUUUCGUAUGCUGAAAAAACUUAUCAUUUCAAGUUCCUGUCAUUCAGUUUCAUCUCUCUGACGAUUUCAAUCAGUCAUCUACUGAACGGAAUUUGUCCCAAAAUGUUCACAUGCUCAUCAAUCAGUAAUCUACUCUUAAAAUUUAGCUCUAAAAAUUUAGCAAAUUGAAAUUUAAAGUAUGAUUCUACAACUUUGUAUGUUUUGAAACUCGGGACUUAAAAAUUAUAGAAUUAUCAUUUUCAUUGAAUCAGUAUUGCUAUCCAUUUGUUACAGUGUAAGAAACUUUCCUCUCUUAUGUACGAAAUCAUUCAUUCUAUUUCAGACCUGAGCCUUGACAUUACCAUUAAAGUGUAUCAUGCUCUGAAGUUAUUGGAAGGUUUCAGUCUAUCAUGUCAUUUUUGUUUCAAUGCAUUGUUCCUUGCUCUUCUUUUCUACAUUUUCUGUGAUAGCUUAUAUAUUUUUCGAAAGGAAUAGACCACAAGACUGAGAAAGAAUUAGACCUUUGAUUGGCACAUUUCCUCAUCAAAAUCUCCUGCCAAAGACCUGAAACUUACCUUCAUAAUGAAAACUUGAAUCGCCCUUGGAUUAAUCUACUUCGCUCAGUGAGAAUAUUUUUUUUGAUUUCCUUCAAUCCAUGUAGUGCCCAACUAUGAUCAUAGAAUGCACGGUAGCUGAUGAUUUUUAGCAACCUCUAAAAAAUUACCCUUAUAAAAACCAUAGGUAAGAUUUCUCAAGUCGGUCAGUUUUUAUCUAACCAUGAAUUGAAUUCCUAGAAUAAUUUAAAUAAAAGACAUUUUCAGGGUGAAGACUGUUGGUAAAGGUGGAUAUAGACGUGAGUGUGGUUGUAUUUAGGUAUUUUGCCACUACCACUUUGAAUAGUUAAGCUGGUAUUGCUGUGAAGCAGUUUAUUUGCGGCGUGUUCACACCAAAUUUUCAUUUUGUAAAUACUUAGUUCUUACUUUAAAGAAAGAGACAGAAAUAAUAAUUUUUUUUGGAACAUUGAUAUUUUUUCAUUAGGUAGUGUUCUAUAGUAAAAGAUGAAAAUUAAAUGUGGUAUGAAAAACUCCAGCGGGCCGAUUAUUGGCCAUCUCAAGAUAAUUAGGCAACUAAGCCACUUUUCCUCUCUCUUUUUUCCACAGUCAUCAUUAUAAAACACAGGUCAUCGUGAAUUAUUUUCCUUGCACAGGAUCAAUAAAUCUUGCUCUGUCAUAUGGUUUGCCAAAGAUUUUGAAGGUGAAACAAAUGUGGGACCCUUUUUUGUAAUCGCAUCUCUGUUGUGAAAAUCAAUUUCUUGUUAAAACAGGAAGGGUCCCUCACUCCUGUAAAUUUAACUUACCAAACAACUUAUGUCUUUACUUUAAAUGAAUGAAUGUCAGAAAGAUUCACCGCAGAUCCAUGAAUAAAAGAAAAAUAAAACUUUCAAUUUUAUUCGUUUAA